UAAUAUAAUUUGAAAAUAAAAAUGUCCUGCGCAACCUUAAAACUUAAAGAGUUCACGAGGUCUUGUUUAAGCUAAAAGUUUGUUUUCCUUUGGUUAAUGAAUUAUGUUAAAUGAUUUUUUUUAAACAAUGACAAAUUAUGAAAAUUUAUUAAAUUUGCCAAUGAAUUUUAAUGGCAAUGAAUUGAAUGGUGAUUUAAAUAAUUCCAAUCUAUCAACACAACAUGAUGCUGUAAAAAUGUCCCAAAGAGAUUUCUCGGAGAAUGAACCCGAAUGCAAUCCCGAACUUACAGCUGCUAAUCGGGCUUUGUUUUUGGAGAAAGUUCGCCAAUCAAAUGCUGCCUGCCAAAGUGGUGACUUUGGUACCGCAGUCCUGCUCUAUACAGAUGCUCUACAACUGGAUCCGGGCAAUUACAUACUCUACAGUAAUCGUUCAGCGGCACGCCUGAAACAUGGUCAAUUUGCUUUGGCCCUACAAGAUGCCACCAAAGCUCGCGAACUUUGUCCUCAAUGGCCGAAAGCUUACUUUCGUCAAGGUGUGGCUUUACAGUGUCUCGGACGUUAUGGCGAGGCCUUAGCUUCAUUCGCUGCUGGUCUAGGCCAAGAUCCUCAAAAUAAACAAUUAUUAGCAGGACUUUUAGAGGCCUCCAUUAAAAGUCCUCUAAGACAUGCUCUAGAGCCGACGUUGCAGCAAUUACGUGCCAUGAAUUUAGAUCAAUCACCUUUUGUGGUUAUAUCCGUGGUGGGUCAAGAGCUUUUGCAAGCGGGACAGUACCACUCAGCCGUUACAGUAUUAGAAGCCGCUUUGCGUAUAGGUUCCUGUUCCCUGAAGUUGAGAGGUUCAGUUUUUAGUGCCUUAAGUUCGGCCCACUGGGCUUUAAAUCAAUUGGAUAAAGCCAUUGGCUAUAUGCAGCAAGAUCUUGCGGUGGCUAAAAGUUUGGGCGACACAGCCGGAGAAUGUCGAGCCCAUGGCAAUUUGGGUUCGGCAUAUUUUAGUCAAGGUUCCUUUAAAGAGGCCUUAACCGCCCAUCGUUAUCAAUUGGUAUUGGCUAUGAAAUGCAAGGACACUCAAGCUGCAGCAGCAGCCCUCACAUCUUUGGGACAUGUUUAUACCGCCAUAGGAGAUUAUCCCAAUGCCUUGGCAAGCCAUAAGCAAUGUGUCCAGCUAGUAAAACAAAUCGGUGAUCGUUUACAGGAGGCUCGGGAAAUAGGUAAUGUCGGAGCGGUGUACUUAGCCAUGGGAGAAUUUGAUUCGGCGGUGGAUUGUCAUACUCAACAUCUAAGAUUGGCACGUAAACUGGGCAACCAAGUUGAGGAAGCCAGAGCUUAUUCCAAUCUAGGCUCUAGUCAUCAUUAUCGCCGUAAUUUUGCCCAAGCCAUGACGUUUCAUGAGCAGGUUUUGAGAAUUUCCCAACAACUAGGAGAUCGUAAUAUAGAAGCACGAGCCUAUGCUGGUUUGGGUCAUGCGGCCCGAUGUGCUGGGGACUUUGUGCAGGCCAAGAAAUGGCAUGAAAAACAAUUGGAAAUGGCGUUGGCGGCUCGAGAUAAAAUAGGAGAAGGAAGAGCUUGUUCUAAUUUGGGAAUCGUCUAUCAGUUGCUAGGGGAACAUGAUGCCGCCUUAAAACUACAUCAAGCUCAUCUUACUAUAGCUAGACAGCUGCAUGAUCGUGCUGGCAUGGGUAGAGCGUAUGGUAAUAUAGGAAAUGCCUAUUCCUCGGCUGGAUUAUAUGAGGCCGCCAUUAAAUACCAUAAACAGGAAUUGACCAUUAGUAAAGAGGUAAAUGAUCGCAGUGCCGAGGCUUCUACGCAUGGCAAUUUGGCUGUGGCUUAUCAAGCUCUAGGAGCUCAUGAUAUGGCUCUCAUACACUACCGAGCCCAUUUGAAUAUAGCCCGGGAAUUGAAGGAUACCCAAGGCGAGGCUUGUGCUUUAUUAAAUUUGGGUAACUGCUUAAGUUCCCGACAGGAAUUUGCCCAGGCCGUACCCUAUUAUGAACAGUAUUUAAUGUUGUCCCAAGAACUGGGAGAUGUGGCAGCCGAAGGCAAGGCUUGUCACUUUUUGGGCUAUGCCCACUACUGCAUAGGCAACUAUCGGGAAGCUGUAAGAUAUUACGAUCAAGAUUUAGCUUUGGCCAAAGAUUUACAAGAUAAAAUGAACAUGGGUAGAGCUUAUUGUAAUCUAGGUUUGGCUCAUCUAGCGUUGGGCAACAAUCAAGCCGCACUGGAGUGUCAGAAAUACUUUUUGGCGGUGGCUCAUAUGACCAAUCAUUUAUCGGGCAAGUUUCGUGCUUUAGGCAAUAUAGGUGAUAUUUUGAUUAGAACUGGAGAGAUAGAGGAAGCCGCUAAAAUGUAUCAGAGACAACUGACUUUGGCCCGUCAAUCCCGCGAAAGAUCUAUGGAGGCUGCUGCCUGUGGAGCUUUAGGUUUGGCUCAUCGUUUAAUUAAGAAAUACGACAAAGCUUUGGGUUAUCACACCCAAGAGUUGACCUUAAGACAGGAAAUGUCCGAUCUGAAAGGAGAAUGUAAAGCUCAUGGUCAUUUGGGAGCGGUGCACAUGGCUUUGUGCAAUUACACUCAUGCGGUGAAGUGUUAUCAGGAGCAAUUGGAAAGGGCUCAAGAGUUGCAAGAUUCCGCCAUAGAGGCACAAGCUUAUGGUAAUUUGGGUAUAGCAAAGCUUAACAUGGGUCACUAUGAAGAUGCUAUAGGUUAUUUGGAACAACAAUUGGGCACCUUGGAAAGAGUUAAUCUACCUACUACACAACAUGAUCGGGCAAGAGCUUUAGGUCAUUUGGGAGAUUGUUAUGAUGCCUUGGGCGACUAUGAGGAAGGCAUUAAGUGCCAUGAACGUCAUUUACAAUUGGCCACUUCCUUGCAAAGUUUUCGUGAUCAAGAAAGAGCUUAUCGGGGUUUGGGUCACAGCCAUCGAGCUUUAGGCAAUCUGCAAGAAGCUUUAGUUUGUCUAGAGAAACGUUUAGUGGUGGCCCAUGAGUUAGGCAGUCCAGAAGUGAAAGCAGUAUCCUAUGGAGAUUUGGGUAACAUACAUUGUGCUUUGGGUAAUCACGAACAAGCCGUCAACUGUUUGGAGCAUCAGCAGGAAAUAGCUAGAGAAUUAGGUGAUCGAAUGCUUGUGUCCGAUGCCACCAGUGCUUUGGGCAAUGUCUAUCAACGAAUGGGCGAUAAUGAUGGUGCUUUAAAGCUACACAAAAUGGACUUGGAAAUGGGUGAACAUUUGGGUAAUGCCUUUAUGCAGGCCAGAGCUUGUGGCAAUUUGGGAGCUGUCUACGAAGCAAUACGUUCCUAUGUGGAUGCGGUAAAAUUUUAUGAGAAACAAUUGGCUUUAACUGCGGAUCGUUUGAGUAAAACGUAUGCUUGUGGGUCGUUGGGGCGUGUAUUUCAUCAGAUGGGUCAGCAUGCCCAAGCUCUUAACUAUUUAAAGCAGGGCUUGAGUAUAGCACAAUCGAUUAAUAAAUCGGAAGAUGAGGCCAAAAUAAGACAUCAAUUGGGUCUUGCCCUCAGAGCUUCCGGUGAUAAUGAAGGUGCUAAACUACAAAUGGAAACGGCGGCCCAACUAUUGGAAUCGGUACGCUAUGAUCAACGUAGUCCCGAGGCUCGCAGCAGUCUCUUCGAUUUGCAAACCUCUUGCUAUCACAUCCUGCAGCAAAUCUUUGUAGCCAUGCAACGUAAUGAAGAUGCUUUAGUGGCGGCGGAACGUUGUAAGGCCCGCUCCAUGCCCGAUACUAAUAGUAUUUCACGCAAAACCAUGAUGACUUGCAGCGAAAGCAUCUAUGAUAUUGUCAAUCGCACCAAAACCAAUGUUUUGUACUAUAGUUUAGCGGGAGAUGAGCUAUACGCCUGGUUUUUACAGCCCCAAAAGGGUAUUGUGCGUUUUCACUCCAUUAAAAUUAGUGAGGAGUCGUUGAAAAUGUCUACUGAAAAGUUGGCCGAACAUGCCAAGGAUUCGGAGGAUAAGGAAAGUCUUUUGGAGCGUUAUAUCAACAUGGUGCGUGAUAAUUUGGGUGUUAAUUCGGAUUCGGUGUUACACGAAGGCGAUGGCAGUGGUUGGCGUUCUAGUUCCGAGAACCUCUUAGAUGAUUUCUCUAAUGAAAGAUCGGGAUUUUUGCGCAUGGUUAAUCGCAAUCAUUUAAUGAACUCCUCUAACUAUUCUCUAAGUUCCCUGUUCAGUUUGGGUUCUGUAGGCGGUUCGGUGGCUAGUCUGCAGGGCUCUACUCGCUCAAUAGGCAGUUUGCAAGGUUCCUCACGUUCUCGUCGUGCUCCCAUGCUGCCCGCUUGGCAAGGUCCUUCUUGUUUGCAUACUUUGUUUAAUAUUCUAUUGUCUCCCUUUGAUGAUCUUUUGCCUACGGGUGGAGCUGUCUCUAGACAAGGACGCAAAGAGUUGAUUCUGGUACUUGACAAUGAACUGUACUUGGUGCCUUUUGCUAUUCUACGCAGUGCCAAAGAAGAUGGUGAAUAUUUAUCGGAAAGAUGUUCUCUUAUUACAGUGCCGUCUCUGCAAUCUUUAAGAUUGAAAAGUAAAAUGUUGCGUUCCCGAGAGUUGGCGGAAAAUCUAAAUACUGCUCUAGUGGUGGGAGGACCACGCAUUCCCUCGACCUUAUCCGAAACUUGGGGUUGGUCAGAGUCACCAGCUUCUCUACAGGAGGCAGCCAUGGUCGCUGAUAUGCUGCAGGCUAAAACUUUGGCAGGCUGUAAUGCCACCAAAGAGGCGGUAGUGUCCGAGUUACCCUCAGCGGAGUGUGUACACUUUGCCGCAAAUCUAAGUUGGAAAAUGGGCGCCGUCGUUUUAAGUCCUGGUGAUGUAGUGGAUUCUCAGUCACAGAAACGUUUCUAUCAGUCUUCGAAUGGUGAAAAUUCAGCGGAACAAGAUGAGACUCCCGAGUUGUCCGGUGGCAAUAUGGAAUUGCCUCAACUAUCCGAUUUUAUUUUAUCCUCCAAUGAUGUUACAAAUAUGAAACUUAAUGCAAAGUUAGUGGUUUUAAGUUCCUAUCAUUCUAUAGAACCUAUAACGGGUACAGGGGUAGCUAAUUUGGCCGGUAGUUGGUUGUGUGCCGGAGCUGGGGCUGUCUUAAUAUCGCUAUGGCCAGUGCCGGAAACAGCAGCCAAGAUUUUGUUAAGAGCUUUCUAUUCAGCUCUAUUGCAAGGUGUAAGAGCUGCCAGAGCUUUGGCGGAAGCUAUGCAAACGGUUCAACAUACCAAGCACUUUGCCCAUCCCGCCAACUGGGCGGGUUUCUUACUUAUAGGUGGCAAUGUUCGACUCUCCAAUAAGGUGGCCCUAAUGGGUCAUGCUUUAUGUGAACUUAUGCGUACCCCUGAUAAAUGUCGUGAUGCUUUGCGUGUCUGUUUGCAUUUGGUGGAGAAGAGUUUGCAGCGUAUACAUCGUGGUCAAAAGAAUGCCAUGUAUACGACACAAAAGAGCAUAGAGAAUAAGGCAGGACCAGUGGGAGGUUGGAAAGAUCUGUUAAUGGCAGUGGGUUUUCGUUUUGAACCGGCCGCCAAUGGCAUACCUUCAAGUGUUUUCUUUCCUCAAGCCGAUCCCGAAGAUCGUCUUUCACAAUGCUCCGCCAGUUUACAGGCUCUAUUGGCUUUAACUCCUUUAACUCUACAGGCUUUAGCUAAACUUGUUAAUAGCUCGGAAGUAGCGGAUGAUAUAAUAGCCGUCAUACGCAAUGUUCUGACUCAAUAUCCUCCCAAGGGAAGUCCCGAAAUAGAGGUAUCCAUAGAAAUACCUUUAUCGGUUAGAUUAUGGCGUGUAGCAGGUUGCCAUGAACUGUUGGCUUCUGUAGGUUUUGAUCUUACCGAAGUCGGUCAAGAUCAGGUGACUUUAAGGACUGGCAAACAGGCCAAUCGCAGAACUUGUCAAUUUGUUUUGCAGGCGUUGUUAGCUUUAUUUGACACCCAAGAGGCCCCCAAAACUUUGGGCUUAGAUUCCUCCAGCAGCUGUGAGUCUUUAAUAGAGGAGUCAGCAGCCGAUUUAACUUUAACAAACACCGCUCCCAAUCUACCCGCCUUAACUUCUACACCGCAUCAGAAUUUAAACCUGGAUACUGCGAAAACCUUAAAUAUGGGCUUGACCUUACCGCCUCUACCCAUAAAUCGUUCACGCUUAAUAAGCAAUGGCAGUGGAGCUUUUAUAUCUUACGUUAGAAGGCGAGGAGAACCUGAUGGUGGCAGAACCGAUAAUGAGUCUACACCGGCCAGUGCAUCCAGCAGUUCGGGUGUUCUAUAUCCCACUUUAGAUUCCAGUUUAAAUAACACCACAGAUAGUGAACUAUCAGAUGGUUAUAUCUCUCAAUCGCAUAUAACCAAAACAAAUGCUUGCCGCUUGGGUCCCGCCACUUUGAGAGGUCCCAUAAGAGUUUCUAGACCGGGAGGUGGAGGAGAAAGUGAUGCUGCUUUUACUCCUAGUCCUCCGGUAACAAAUCAAAAUCCUGUAGAUCCUAAUGUUUCUUUGGCUUUGGCCCAUCAGACUAGAAUACGCAAUUUAUACUCUGGCAGUGGCAUGGGUUAUUUGGGAGACAAUGUUAUACCCGAAAUGUCGGCAGUACCGCCCACCAACAACAAUCGCCGACCAGAUAGCUCUAGUUCGGCUAGUUCUACCACAGAUUGGGAGGGUUCUGGUCAUGCUACAGUAUUACGCAGAGGAGGUCUCAUGCCUCCUUUACCACCUCCCCGACAAAAUAUGCCUUUGGUGGAUAGUUUAAGGCCUUUAGCGCCCAUGGCUCCGGUCUACAAUAAUUUGGGACAAUCAGUGGGAUCUGCCAACACUGCCAGCGGAACCCUAGACUCCAACAGCAGUGAAUCAGAUUUCGAAAGAGGAUUAAAGGUGGGACAAAUGUCUCACUUCCGUUUGAAACCUAAAAUCAAACUGGGCAGUGCCCAAACAUCGGUGGCCGCUAGGGUUAAUAAAGAACAUGCCUUAUUUAUGGAUCGUUUAAGUGUUAGAACCGAGGUUAAUACCUUAGCCUCAACGGCAACUGCGGUAGCUGGGUCGUCAACAACGGUAAACAACAAUAAUACGGCGGGCAGUAGGAAACCCAUUAAUCUACCAGAAGAUGAAGACAAUGCUUUAGUGUUUAAUGCUUCCAAUUUAUACUUCUCCCAAGCAGACAAUGAUCUGCUGCAGGAAGCUAAAAAGGAUUUAAGUUCCUCCACAGCGAGUGGUCUCACCAACUCUAGUAAUAUCAAUUCCCAAGGAGCUGUAGCUAAGGAGGCGGUUAAGACCAAUCAGAAAACCAUACAAGAUUCCAUAAUGCGACACAUGAAUAGAGAAAUGACACCCACUAUUUCCGAAGUCUAUCACGAACGCAAUUUGGGCUUGGGUCUGGCUCCACCACUUUCAAAACUUUUGCUUAGCAAAAACUAUGAUGAAAGUGAAACCUGUAAAACCACUCCUAAUAAUAAUAGUAAUGCUUUGAAAUCUUUAGUGGAUGCUGUUAGUGAAAUGGAACUAAGUGGUGCCUCCUCUACAUCAUCCGUUAGUACGGCCAAUACCAAGACUCUGAAUACCCAAAGUUCUAGUAAUAGUGCGACAGCCAAAGAUGUCUGUUCGAUUUGUGGUGAACCGGCCGAUAUUAUAUGUCGCUGCAAGGCAGCCACCGUGCAAAAGAAAUCCAAUCUUAAACCCUGGCUAAGUAAUGUACCCUCGAGUAUUGUCAAGGCCAGUGAUCUGACAACAGCCGAUAAUUUAGAGAGACAACAUAAGAUACGCACUAGUGUGACGAGUAAUAUUGCGAAUUUAAAACGAGCACCCAGUCCAUUUAAUGAAUUCUGUCGAAGGGAUGAAGGAGAUGGCCGUUCGGUAGCCGAUUCCCAGUGUAGUAGUAAUUAUAAGAAUAUAACCGCUUUAAAGAAUGAUGCUGCCAGCCAACAGACAAAUGGAGUGGCGAAUAGAAAGGUGUAAAUGGAGAUCAAAAACCCGCUCUCUUAAUAAAAUGUAUUUCUUUAAAAAUAUAGAGCAUACGUUAAAAGCUUUCAUGAUUUAUUAUAUACCGUUAGAAAUGUGACUUUAUUUUAAAGAUUUUUUUAACUUAUAUUAUAAAAGUUAUUAUUAUCAAUUUUAGUCUAAUUAAUUUAAUCUUGUUUUUUAUCAUUUUAUUUUAUACAUUUUUUUAAUAAUUUUAAAAAUAUAUUUAUUUAAAAUUGUAUAUCAUUAGCAAACAAUGCAAUAUCUAUGGUAUUAUACACGUAUUUAUGUAAUUUCUUUUGAUGUAUAGUAAUAGCUUUCAUAUUAAUUAGUUCUUUAGAAUUUCUUCGACUUUUUCGAUUUCUUUCUAUAUAAAAAAAACAGAACUGAUAAACUUUAAUUGUAUUAAUUAUUUUUUAUGGUAUUUUCUUAAUUAUAUUAAUAAUUUAAUAAAUAUUAAAUAGUA